AAACAGUGCAGCUGAUCUGGCCAGGAGCAUGUGGGCUGAUACACAGAGGGGCUGAUGGACAGACAUGGCUGCCACCAAAACUCCCGCAAACCCAGCAAAGGAACAGAACUUUGUGGCCCAGGAUCAGAUCUGGAAGUGUCACGUCAACAUGGAGCUGGAGGCAGCUAAAGUCUGGCCCAGCAAGUGGGGGUUUUUAACAAUGUCCUACCAUGAGAUGCUGCAGGAUCAGACGCUGAAGAAGGAAGGAGUCAAACUAGAGCUGCCAGAGCAUCUGCAGACACGCCCCACCACUUCUCCAGAGAAGUACUUCCAGGUGGGGGCGUCUCCAGCCGUGCCCCCGACGACGCAGGGUCUGAUUGGCUGGAGGUCCACCGUGCCCGAGCUGCAGCUGGAGCGUUUCGGCAAGGUGCACCACGGCAAGAGCAGCUUCCUGAAGGAGCUGGGCUGGCCAGGCGACGCCUGCGACUGAGCGCCCCCUUGUGGCACCCACUCCACCUCACGCCUGCAGUAUUAAAGAGCAGUUGCACCACAGCUUGCACCUGACUUUCUGGUUGUGAGAGUGAGGGAGCUGACCGCUGUCAAUUCAGUCGUCUGGUGCAUGUGUGGUCUGUCCCAUUUUGGACUGCUAGCAUCUUUGUUAUCAUUGUCUGUUUCUGAUAUUUAUUAUUAUUCCAUUCAUCCUGCCAGACAGGGAAAAGGGGAAACAUAUCGCCUUAAUACACACAUUAUGUAUACA